AUGGCUCGAUUCCUCAUCGAAUUAUUUGCAGCAUUCCUCUUUUUGGCCGCUGCUGGCCUUGCUCAACAGGUGCCAAUCAUCCAAACCACGGCAGGGAAGAUUCAAGGAAAAGCAGUCUCGAAUGCAACCAACGCAUAUCUCAACAUUCCAUAUGCUCAACCACCCGUCGGACCGCUCCGUUUCCUUGGCCCUCGGCCUAUCCUUACACCAUUGACGCAACGCAACGGAACAGCGUUUGGCAACUCGUGCAUCCAAAUUGCGGCUCCGACCCCAAUAUAUACAGUCGAGAGUGAGGAUUGUCUUUACCUCAAUGUAUGGACGUCGCCAUCUGCGACAUCCAGACUUCGGCCAGUCUUUAUAUGGUUGUACGGUGGCGGCUGGAACUCUGGAACUGCCAGUGGAUAUUUCAACGACCUUACCAGCUGGGCAAAGGCACACCCUGAGAUUGUGUUUGUAUCGAUAAACUACCGGCUCAACUUUUACGGCUAUACAAACUCUCCCGCUCUCUCCUCUAGAGAUACCAACGCUGGGCUCCGUGAUCAGCGAGCAGCGGUCGAGUGGGUAGCGGCAAACAUUAGAGCGUUUGGCGGGGACCCUACCCAUAUCGUCAUCGGUGGUCAGUCUGCGGGAGCCGCCAGCGUAGCGGAGUACCUAUAUGCAUAUCCUCUGCUUCCUCUCAUUCGUGGUGCUAUCACUAUGAGUGGCCAGGCAGCUCUUGCCAAUGUCCCAGCGGCGGGCAAUAUUCCAGGCUUACCGAGUCAAGGCCCGAAUCCAUUCCCGAAGAUAGCCUCCUCUGUCGGAUGUCCGCUAAUCCAAAACAACUAUGCGGCUCAGCUCGACUGCGUGAGAACGAAGACCGUGGCCGAGAUUACACAGGCCAUCAGCGCCAACAAUGUAUACGGAAUAUCCCCUUUUGUCGACAAUCAGACGUUGUACACGACUGCAGAGUACAAAGCUAGGGCAGGGGCUGGAAGAUUUGCUCGCGUGCCAUUAUUGACCGGAACGACGGAGAAUGAAGCCGAUCUCUUCGUCAUCGAUCGCACGACAAACACGCUGAAUCAAACGCUCUCGGAUUUGAUUACUCUCGGUGCUUUCCGGUGCUUGGAUGCGCAACAAGCAAGCUACUCUUCAAAAAAGGCUCCAACCUAUCGUUAUCGAUAUAUGGGAGUCUUUCCAACCCUAUCGCCAUCCCCACUCCGCUCGUGGCAUGCGUCUGAUCAGGUAGUCCUUUUCAACGGUGCGCCAUAUCUCCCCUCAGUGGCUGUCGAGUACAUGCAACAAGCUUGGAGUACAUUUAUCGUAGAUCCCAACAAUGGAUUGCUGUCAUUUGGUUGGCAAAAAUAUCAAGGAUACGGUACAAAGACGUUGGUGGACAUCUUUCGCAACAGUAAUGAUCUUUCCCAUCCUAUUCAGCUCGAGGAUCCGACGUCGUUUGACGCCUCGUGUGGGGUACUCGGACAAGGGCUGUAG